AUGUCCACGAAACAGUACAAGCAAGCAGGCGAAGAUGUGUGGAAGAACAGGACAGAGAAGAUCAACGCGGAGCUCUUCACGCUGACCUACGGAGCGCUGGUCAUCCAGCUGAUCAAGGAUUACGAAGACUACGCGGAGGUCAACAAACAACUGGACAAAAUGGGCUACAACAUCGGCACAAGGUUGAUAGAGGAUUUCUUGGCGCGAACCAACCUCUCAAAAUGCUCUGACUUUCGCGAAGUGGGUGAGGUCGUGAGCAAGGUCGGAUUCAAGAUGUUUCUCAACAUCACACCUACUGUCAUCCAUCAUCAGCAGGAGGACACAGCAGCACCUAGUUCAGGUAUAGCAGCAGCGUCCGCAGCUCCAGCAGGCCAACAAUCUACAGCAGCAUCUGCGCAAGCGUCGUCAGGGUCUCGCGAGUUCAGCUUGAUAAUCGACGAGAAUCCACUGGCAGAAUUUGUCGAACUUCCUCGCGAUGCAAGAGCCGGUGGUUUGUGGUUCAGCAAUGUGCUAGCUGGUGUACUGCGGGGAGCACUCGAGAUGGUACAGAUGCAGACCGAAUGCUUCUUUGUGUCGGACGCGCUGCGAGGCGACGACGCGACCGAGCUUCGAGUGCGAUUGAUCAAGCAUCUCGACGAAGAAGCACCCAUUGCCGACGAUUGA